CCGAAGUGAGACAUCUGGGCAAGCAGUACCUGUUGGAGACAGAUCCAAAAGACAGGAACUUUCUGAGAUUGGUUGAAGCUUGGACAAAGUAUAAAACCCUAGCAACAACGAACAGGUUGUCAGAAGUUCGACUCCUCCUGUCCCAGCUGUCAACCACAGUGUCAAAUAUGAAACCUGGAGGAGGAGGAGGGGCCUUUGAAUGGACGGACAGCAUGUUUGUCAAGGCCUUGAAGAAUGGGGACUGGUUGUUGAUUGACAAUGUCAACUUUUGCAG